AUGGCAACCCCGUCGUCAGAGGACGCUCCCUCGCUGUUCGCUGACGCCCGUCUGUCAAUACCAGAAGAUGACGCCGCCGUCAUCGGUGACAUGCGAUCCGGGCGCAGCGUUGGCGACCUCGACGUCUUCUCCAACCUCACCGAUGUCAAACCCGGCACCAUACCACUGCUGGUGCGCGGCCUGAACGGUGAGCACUCCCAGAUUGACGUUCCAAUCACCUCCACCGUCGACGAGCUUUCCGCUUUGAUACGCCCUGGGCAGUCGUCCGACGACCUCCGCUUGACCUUUGGAAACGAGGACCUGCCGCCUGGCGCCUCGCUCUUGGACACCAACAUCAUCGAUGCGUAUGAGCAUGCCGGCAGCUUGCUCACCCUUAUUGGCUCCGGCGGCGGAGAUCCCGCCGCCAAAGCCGCCGCCCUGCAGUCGGCUUGCGCCGUUGUCGAGACUGUCUCGAAUGGUGUCAAGGACAUGGAGGCCUUAUGCGCCGCGGCCGUCGAUCCCUCCCUUCAUCAGCAGUCUCCUAAUGACGCGCGCACGGCUGCCCUCCUUCGUGAGGGCGCCGUUGAGGCAGCCAGGGAGACCCCAAAAGAGCUGGAUGCCUCCGAGUUUACGAUGCUCAAUGCCAUACUCACUCGCCCGGGAAGGAUGUUACCGCAAGACACAGUCGAUGCGCCCCAGCACAAGGCCGCUACCCCCGCAGAGGUCGCCCUCGGCCUCAGUCGCCGCUUGCCGUUACUGUUUCCGCCCAAAGCCGCUGCCGCGUUUGCAGAGCCAGCAGGACCGCACGCACACCAGAAACAGGACCAAGAUCCUGCGCUUACUGUUCGCGUUUCAACAGCGGCGCAGCCCAGCAUUGCGGCGAUACGAGAGGCGCGAGCUGCUAGACGGAAGGAAAGAGAGCUUAGAGCGCCAAUGGAGGAUGUCAAGAUUGCUAAUGAGCAGGCAGCACACGCGGUUACCAUUGGAAACAGCACCAAUGGUAUGGCCUUGACGGACAUGCCGGGGAGAGAUGGCAAUCUAGAGGUCACCAACGGUUCGCAAAUGCCGAGUGGCGGGUCGCUGCGUAUGGCUGCUGAUGCUAAGAGUACUUGGUUGGAGGAUGUCAUGAAGACGUGGGAGGUUGGUGUGGUCAGGGAGAGCGGCGUUUUGGAAAAGACAAAGGAAGGACAGGAGCUCAACGACUACUUCCACGGACUCGAUGCCGAGGCUCAGCGCGACAUAGAGACAGAGCGCAUCGAGGCAGAGACUGCUGAAGUGUUACAAAAGGGCAGUGCUCAAGGGAAAUCGUCACACCUUGAGGGCAAUACUCAAGAAGAUUCAGAGGAGGAAGAAGAAGCGAAUACUAGCGGUGAUGGUGAAGGCGGAGUCAGUACGUGUUCGCCAUCGGAUAAGGAUGUGCAUAUGACGCAAUUUCACGCCGAAGGGACAGCUCAAUCUCUUAACCGACCUGCAAACUCUGCAUCAAACUCUUCUCAUACAGAGCCCACAUCUCCCCUACCAAGUUCGACAGGGACACAGAGCUCAAGAAAGUCGGCUUCGUCAUCGGCGUCACCGCAGCCUUGUGAUUCGGCCAAACCCAUCAAACCAAGCACAGCUGUAUCGCCUCCAAUCCGACAGGCGAAAAAAAUCGCUCCGGCCCCACCCAUUGCAAUGGGGCCGAUUGGCAUGCCUCUCAAUGGAUUCUAUCCAAGUCCGAUAUUGCCUGGGAGGGAGGGUGAUCCCGGAAUGGGAUUUCCGCCACUGCCGACACCGCCAGCGCGCAAAAAGCGAGGUAGAAAACGAAAGCACCCCGAGCUCAGUGAUGAGGAACGCGCCCUUUUCCGAAAGGAACAAAACAGGGAGAGUGCUAAGUUGUCUAGAGUGCGACGCAAAGUGAUUGCUGCAGAAUAUGAGGGUCGCUUGAGCAGACUUCUCGGAGAGAACACGCACCUGCGAAAAGAAGUUGAAGGCUUAAAUAACCGUCUAGUAUAUCUGCAAAGUCUUUUGACCGUCUCUGUGCGGCAGGAUGGCAACACAGAGAACUCAUAAAUAAAGCAAAUGGUAGAACAAAUCCUGCUCAUGCAUCCCAGGAAAAGAAGUUUAUGAG